GGUAAUGAGUCUGUGUUGCACAUCAAAAUUAAUUUAAUAAUUAAUCAACUUUUUUACUCAUCAUUGGAAAAUUUUAUUUUUAUAUCUCUCCCUCUGAGUUGACAGAAAAAUAACAUCAAGAUUUUUCGAUUUUCAUCUUUUUGAAAAAAGAUCCAGCAAAAAUUUCGCUACUCUAAUACCUUCUCGGGCCUUCCACGCUGCCCUGGGGCGAUUCGGCGCAUCAGCAGCGUGGGGAGCGAUAUUGGCCUUUCUCUCUGCACAUGGCCUACGAGGGUUGGUUCCAGAGCAUUCCACAGUAAUCUGGAGUACCUCGAUCCUCCACAAUGGUGAAGGAGACUGGCUAUUACGACGUGCUGGGGGUGAAACCCUCCGCCACGGCCGAUGAGCUGAAGAAGGCCUACCGCAAGCUGGCGCUCAAGUACCACCCGGACAAGAACCCGUCCGAGGGGGAGCGCUUCAAGGCGAUCUCGCAGGCGUACGAGGUGCUUUCUGACGAGAAGAAGCGGCAGAUCUAUGACGAGGGUGGCGAACAGGCCAUCAAGGAGGGCGGAUCGGGCGGCGGUGGCGGCGGCUUCCACUCGCCUAUGGACAUCUUCGACAUGUUCUUCGGCGGCGGAGGACACCGCAAGGAGCGCGAGCGCAGGGGUAAGAACGUGGUCCAUCAGCUGCCCGUCACCCUGGAGGAGAUGUACAACGGCGCCACGCGCAAGCUCUCCCUGCAGAAGAACGUCAUCUGCGAGCGCUGCGAGGGCCGCGGCGGCAAGAAGGGCGCCGUGGAGACGUGUCCCAACUGCCGCGGAUCCGGGAUGCAGAUCCGCGUACAGCAGCUGGGGCCCGGCUUCGUGCAGCAGAUCCAGUCCAUGUGCGACGAGUGCCGCGGCCAGGGCGAGCGCAUCAACCCGCGCGACAGGUGCAAACACUGCAACGGCAAAAAGGUGGUUCGGACCAAAAAGAUUCUGGAGGUACACAUCGACAAGGGUAUGACGGACGACCAGCGGAUCACGUUCAGCGGCGAGGGUGACCAGGAGCCGGGCCUCGAGCCCGGAGACAUCAUCAUUGUGCUCGACGAGCGCGAGCACGAGACCUUCAAGCGGGACGGCGACGACCUCAUCAUGAAGAUGGAAAUCGAGCUGGUGGAGGCGCUGUGCGGCUUCCAGAAGACCAUCACCACGCUGGACAAACGCUCAUUGCUGCUCACCUGCAUACCAGGCGAGGUCAUCAAGCACGGCGUCAUCAAGUGCAUCCUGAACGAGGGCAUGCCGCACUACCGGAAUCCGUUCGAGAAGGGCCGCCUGAUCGUGCAGUUCCUGGUCAACUUCCCCGAGCGGCUCGACCCGGCCAACGUAGCGCAGCUGGAGAAACUGCUGCCGCCCAGGCCGUUCCUGCCGGUGCCCGAGGACGCCGAGAUGGUGCAGCUGGCCGACCUGGACCCGCGCCAGGAGAGCCGCCGCCACCACCAGGCGCACGGCGCUGUCUACGACGAGGACGACAUGCACGGCGGCCGCGGUCCCGGCGGCCCCGUCCAAUGUCAGACCCACUAGGAGAGCCGCGCCGCCACCGCCGCCGCGGAGCGGACGGACGGACGGAUCUGCCGGCUGUGCCGCGUCGCAGCGAGCGCGGUGUGACUGUGCUUCGAGUGAGUGUUCAUAAGUGUCCUAGAUCGAGCGUCGCGUCGCACCCCGCCCGCCGCCGCCGCCGCUGUGGGCAGUCCUGGCGAUAGGAGGGGGCUAGUACGGCUGGCCGGCCCAGUCCGCUGACGACGGCAGGGAAGUGUGUGAUACGGGGAGGCUGGCCGGCGCCGGGAGGACCGCGGAUGGACGCACAGAGGGAGGCAGCGGUCCGCCGCCGGCGCCGCUAGUGAUGAACGCUGGGUGACGGCGCCACUGACCGGCGAGCCCCGGGGUAGGGAGACGGAGUCACUGGCCGGACUGAGAGCGGUAUAGGGAGGUACCGGCCGGAAUCUGAGAGUGAUUCAUGCAGUAAAGGCGAACUACAGCCUGGAACGCCGGAAAAGACUGAGCUGUGAACUCGACAGAUGAUCGGAGGGCAUUGGGACGAUAGACGGCCGUGAUUUGACUGCCUCGCCUCUACCUGAGUAGGUAGCUGGGGACUGACUUGGUUUUCGAAGGAGACUGAAGAGAUCACGGCGGUGAACUAGGAGCGCGUGGGAGACAUAGAUCAAGGCGGGGAAACCCGGAUGAGCGAUGCUGUGUUAUGUGACUAGAGUGAUCUGGAAAAUGAAAUGAAACAUCGAUAUGUCUCUACGGCAUAUGUUUGAUUUGUGGAGUUUGAUUGGAAUCAGCAGCCCUGGUGAAUGUACCGAUGGGGGAUGAGAGAUUGCAAUUACCGGCGACAUAAAGCACGGCAAGCACCAACUCAAACGUUUGAGUGUAGUUAUACAGGCACCAUGACCGGCAUCGCACAUAUGCGAAUAGUGUGAAAUGUGACUUCGUGUGCUGUGUGAAUGUGUGGUGGCGAAAUUGUGGUGUUGUGUCCAGGCGUAACUGAACAGUUUGAAUGAGUGGCUGGUCGCGAGACUGAAUGAGAUAGUUGGAACGAGACGGCGACUGGGAGAGGUCGGGCUUGACGCUGUUGACCACUGGGUAGACUGAUGUGUGCUUGUGGGAUAACGUUUGCGUGGUAUGUUAGGUUUUUUUGCGUGUGAGUUCUUUCAUGCUUAUCUCAUUGUGUGGCCACGUAUUCCAGUGUGUUGGAGUGCUGAUUGGUUGCGCGUUGUAUCAUACCUUAGGUCCGAAUGUGAUGUGAGGGAUGGGAGUGUCAUCUCAGCGCUGGCUGAGGGCGAUGCAGCUGACCUCCCCCGGGCUCUGCGGCGGCGGCGGCGGUGGGCUGGACCCUCCCCACACCCGCCUGAGGCGGUCCGGGCCGGUCGGCGGCGGCCACAUCAGCUUUACCUGCUCCCGGGAGUCGCCGCGGUCCGCCCCGUGGGCUGCGUGUCCCCGCGGCAGGCCUCUGGACCGUGCGGUGCCCGGGACGGACUCUGCGGCGCUCGCCGGGCCGGGCGGGGUGGUGACGCGCUCGGCCGGUCAGCGGGGAGAUGUGUGUUCCGCCGGGUGUGAGGCUGGGUCCCGCCGCUGACCGGCCGAUCAGACUGGCACCGUACCCCCGCUCCGGCGGACGCCGCUGGUCGGCUCGGCGCCGGCCGGCCCACACCCCCGGCGGGCGGCCGACGCGCGGCGCUCGAGUUUCUCUGUUCAUGUCGCUAGGUUGUAUUACAUUCUCGACUGGUAGGUUCUGUCCGAUUUAUUCGAGCUGAUUAUGUGUAUUGCAUAUUGUCAUGUGAACAAUAAACUGGAUGGUAGAA